UUCCAUCAACGGGUCUGUAGUAUGACGUAGGCCACGCUCUCAGGUGCUAGACUCUUUUGAUUCCGAUAGGAGGCGCUAUCAAACUCGCUAAACUAUAAUGGCGGCAAUUUAGACGCUUGGAUGCGGUGUAAUUUGUUUUCGAGUUUUAAUGCUUCACGAAUUGUUGUUAGCCCUGCGGGGAUACCCGGGAAAUAUAUUUGUAGACAGAGAAGAAGAAGGAAUACAAGUUUUAAAGGGAUUAUCUUUCCUUCACCCUGGUGAAAUAGCAUUAUUAGAUCACUUAUGUCUUUUGGGCACAAAUUAUAAAGAUUUUCAGGAAUUUAUAAAUAAAUAUUCUCAUGGUACACAAGAAAAUGAAGACAAUCUUCAUGGCUUAUAUGUUCAAGCAUUUUGUAGUGGGUUGCAAGAUGUACUUAACCCUUAUUGUCAAGAUCUUUUAGCAUUAGAAAAAGAAAUUUUAGAAGAUCCUUAUGUUCCUCUUUCACAUUUUCAACAUAAAUUGGAUAAAUAUCAGCUGAUGUUCUCUGUUUUGAAACAACUUAUUCUUCAUAUAAAAGUCCAAAAGAUUCAUGGAUGUUGUAUUCUUGAAUUACUUCAUAAGUAUGUUUCGUCAGGAAAUCCAUUAGUAAACUCUGCUUUAAAAAAACUUCUUUAUUCAUGUCAUGCUGUAUUAUGCAAACAAUUGAUAUCUUGGAUGCUACAUGGACUUUUAUUAGAUCCAGAUAAAGAAUUCUUUAUUCAAAAGGUUGAUAAACAAGAAUUAUCUUCUUUAUCAAAUUCUUCUAAGAAUAAUUCCAUAAAAGAGGAAAAUAAACCAUUAGAAAAUUUUAAAGUUAUAGCUGACUUGUUACCUUCAUACAUUCCUAGUCAUGUUGCAGAAAAAGUGCUCUUCAUUGGAAAAUCGGUUUGUCUAUUUGGAAAGAAUUAUCAAGAAGAUUUUUCUACUUUGCCUAAAUCUAUUUUUAAAAAUAAAGAUGAUGAAUUUGCCCAAAAGCUAUUUAUGCUUCAGAAACAGGAAGAAUUUUCUCCAUCGGAUUUUGAAUCUGUGGUAGAUGAAAUUCGAAGUACUGCUGCCGAACAUUUAUGGCAAGUAGUUGUGGAAGAAGUUAAACUAGUGGCACAUCUUCACGUCAUUAAAGAUUUUUAUUUACUGGGACGUGGUGAAUUAUUUUUCACUUUCAUCGAUCAAGCUAAUGGACUGCUUAGUACACCGCCAUCAUCAUCUACAGAAUAUGAUGUUAAUAUGGCUUUCCAGUUAUCUGUGAGACAAGUUCUUUUCCAUGAUGAUAGUUUAGCAGAAAAGUUUUAUGUGACUGUGCAGCCAAAAUCUAAUAGUAAGAUUAUUUUUAUGUAUAUAUUUUAUCUGAAAAGUAUUUAAAUAGGAAAUUUUAAAAAUCAUGCAAAUUUAUUAAAAAUGUAAAUGGAAUAAUUUUGAAUAAAGAAUUUUACAAACUUAAUAUUAAUAAUAAUAAUAAAUUUUUAUUUGCAAUGUUCUUGUUUGCAACAUGACAUUGAGAAUUACAUCUA